UAGUAUGUGGUUAAAAACUUGUGACUCUCAUUGUGUUUGCCUGGGGAACUGGGCCGCUGCCUGAGAUUUUAAACUCUUAACGAGAUUCUAUUCAAGGCUGGUUGCUCUGAAUUCCGGGCCUUAUAUUCUCGUCUAGUUAUAUGAUAAGAAGUAUAAAUGACCAAUUUUCCUUUUAAGAGGCUUCUAAGAAGAAGAUGAAAAAAAUAUUUUAAAAAGGUACAAGGAGAAAGAUUUCUUCCCAAUAUGACUUCAGAGAUCACCUAUGCUGAAGUGAGAUUCAAAAAUGAGCCUAUGUCCUCAGCCAGCAAGUUAGAGGCUCCCGCAGUUUCCAAACUGAAGACCAGCCCUCACAGAAGUAACCCUGGCAUCUACAGGCUUCUUUUGACCCCAUUGCUUAUACUUCUGCUGCUAUUGGCUAUCUCAUUUUUUGUCACUUUUAUCAUUUUCUUUCAGAAGUAUUCUCAGCUUAAAGAAAAAAAAAAUUCAAAAGAAGUGAUUCACACAAUGUUGCAAUGUAUGAAAGGAAACACUACCAUCGAAGGGAAAGAAUGGAGCUGCUGCCCAGAGAAUUGGAUUUCCUUUCAUGCCUACUGUUACUUUAUUUCUACCAAAGACAAAAACUGGACCGAGAGUGAGAAGAACUGCUCAGGAAUGAACGCUUAUCUGCUGGUGGUCCACUCCAAAGAUAAGCAGGAUUUCAUUAGCCAGAAAGUGAAUUCAAAGUUUGCUUAUUAUGUGGGGCUGUCAGAUCCAGAGAGGAAAAAUAAUUGGCAGUGGGUCGAUCAGACACCGUACAAUGAAAGUGCCACAUUCUGGCACCCAGAUGAACCCAGUCAGCCUAGUGAUGGUUGUGCUGUACUGCUUUAUCGUUCUUCACCAAGGAAAUGGGGCUGGAAUGAUAUUUCUUGUCAAGAAACUCACAGGUCAAUUUGUAAGAUGAUGAAGAUAUACUUAUGAAUGGAAGAUUCUCCAUGAGCAUGUGGCUUAAUUGGUAUUCAUUCUUAAGAGAUAACUCAUUUGUUCUUUUUAUUCAUGUGUCAAAAGAAUUUUUCACUAGGUAGUCACCUCAACCAGUUGAAGUAGGGUCAGUAUACAUAUUCAAUUACUUUAUUCAUUAACUAAUGAACAUUUCCUGAGUAUUUUCCAUGUAAAGACAUUAUAGUAGAGCCUUCCAGAUAAUUAGAGGGAGCAUGUAUCUCCUCUCCUAAUAUUUCUUUUAUUGAUAAUUGGCUAGAAAUUGCUAUAAUUGAAUGAUGUGGGUCUUGCAUCUGUUUCAAUUGAUCCAAAACAAAGUAAUCUCAACUGUUCCUUUUGAUUUUCAGAUAGAGUCAUUGCCUUUAAUGGAGAAUAUUGUAGAACAGUGGAAAUACAAUACAUAUUGUAGAAGAUAAGUUCUUAUUUUGAGCCAAUAUACAACAUGGGUUUCUUUUUAUUUUUUUAAGUUGAGGACUUCCUUUUUUCCUCUAUAUAUCUCUCAUUAAAAACAUACAUAUUUUAAUGAGAGAUAUAUAGAGAUAAAGGUACAGAGUGAGAGAGGGAGAGAGACUAGAGCAUCGCUUCGUUCUGGCGGUGCUGGGGAUUGAACCUGGGACUUCAGAGCUCAGGCACCAAAAUCAGUUUGUAUAACCAUUAUCCUAUCUCUCCAGCCCUGGAUUUCUUAACAUUUUU